AUGAAUGGACUUGGAUCCUUCUCCUACCUUGGCUGCAGCCUGUUACUUACAGGGAUUGUGGAAUGCUCCCUGAGCAGCAUUACAAUGUUAACAGCACAUGACCAUAUUAGUGCAGGUGGAGAGGCUGUGAAUGAAAAUAAAUUUUUGAACACAGACUCCAGCACAGGAUCAGCAGAAACUACGGUCAAGCCAUUACCGUUUAAAGAUCCAAACUUCAUCCACUCUGGCAUUGGUGGAGCAGCAGCUGGCAAGAAGAACAGAACUUGGAAGAACCUAAAACAAAUUCUUGCUUCUGAAAGGGCAUUGCCAUGGCAACUAAAUGAUCCUAGCUAUUUUAAUAUUGAUGCUCCUCCUUCCUUUAAGCCUGCCAAGAAAUAUUCAGACAUUUCAGGACUUCCGGCAAAUUACACAGAUCCCCAGAGCAAGCUAAGGUUUAGUACUAUUGAAGAGUUUGCCUAUAUUCGGAUGCUCCCUUCAGAUGUGGUUACAGGAUACCUGGCUCUAAGGAAAGCAACGAGUAUUGUUUCCUGA